GUCCGCAGCCCCGGCAGCAGGGGCCGCUGUGAGAGCUGCGCUCGCACUGCCCGCCGCCGCCCUCGGCUCCCGCGCGCGCUGCUCGCCCCUCGGCGCGAUCUUAAGCUCGUUUCUGCACUGUUUUACCGAAGAACCCAUUAAAAGGGCCGGUGAAUCUUGCGGAAAAUGGCGUUCAGUGAUCUUACAUCGAGGACUGUGCGUUUUUAUGAUAAUUGGAUCAAAGAUGCUGAUCCGAGAGUUGAAGACUAUCUCCUCAUGUCCUCGCCUCUGCCACAAACCAUCAUCCUGGGCCUCUAUGUCUAUUUUGUUACGUCUCUGGGACCAAAGCUCAUGGAGAACCGGAAGCCCUUUGAACUCAAGAAAGCGAUGAUAACGUACAAUUUUUUCAUAGUACUGUUUUCUGUGUAUAUGUGUUAUGAGUUUGUGAUGUCUGGCUGGGGUACAGGUUACUCGUUUCGAUGUGACAUUGUUGACUAUUCUCAGUCGCCAAGAGCAAUGAGGAUGGUGCACACCUGCUGGCUUUAUUACUUCUCCAAAUUCAUCGAGCUGUUAGACACUAUCUUUUUUGUUCUGCGUAAGAAAAACAGCCAAGUGACUUUCCUUCAUGUCUUCCAUCAUACGAUCAUGCCGUGGACCUGGUGGUUUGGAGUCAAAUUUGCUGCAGGUGGUCUGGGAACAUUCCAUGCCUUUUUAAAUACAGCUGUGCACGUGGUCAUGUAUUCUUACUAUGGGUUAUGUGCAAUGGGACCAGCCUACCAGAAGUAUUUAUGGUGGAAAAAACAUUUGACAUCUUUGCAGCUUGUCCAGUUUGUUCUUGUCACUAUCCACAUAGGCCAGAUCUUCUUCAUGGAGGACUGCAAUUACCAGUACCCAGUUUUUCUGUAUAUCAUCAUGAGUUACGGAUGCAUCUUCCUGCUGCUCUUUCUCCACUUUUGGUACCGUGCUUACACCAAGGGUCAGAGGUUGCCCAAAACUCUAGAAAAUGGAAAUUGCAAAAGCAAGCGCCACUAAAAUACAGACACAACCUGAAUUUACAAUGGAGACUGAUAUCUUGCCUUCCUUGACAAUCAAGACAUACUUGCCUAUGCAGUGCAUUUUGUAUAUUUUUCAAAACCAAGAGCUUGUAUUUUUAUGAUAAGUUAUUUGGGUUUCUGAUCUCUGAGAGUCCAAAGCUCCCAGAUAAGUCUUCUCAGUGGAAGAGCCUGGAACAGCCAGGAGGUUUCAUGUUGCCUUUCAAACCAAUCAGAGGUCUUAAUACAUCUUGCUACAUCAAGAGGAGGGUAUGAAGUAAUGUAGUGCUCUCCUAGGAACCCCAGAAAUGAUGACAAAUACUAGCUAUUUUGAACAUGGACAGAGGUCCACAGAGUACGAUAGAUUCCUCCUGCUUGAUGUGGGAACCCCUGAUGCUGGGUUCUGUCUGUCACUCAUCCCUUAUGUUCAGACAACAUUACACUCGUUCUAGGGCUCAGUUCUGAAGUGCUAACACAAGUGAAGCCUAAGUGGAUUCUUGAUAAGCUCUCAUUCUAAAUUUGUUAAUGGUAAGUUUGAAUGGUCUUCUGGGUCAUUGCCACAAGAUCUGCCCAUAAGACUUCCUCCCAACUCAUGCACAAGCUGUUAGAGGCUGUGAUGCUAUGGUAUCCGCACUGAUGCCUUUGAGCCCAAGGUGGAGGUAACUUUAUGUUGCAAACAAGAUGAUUUGUCUCAACGGUUAAUGAACGCUUUGCUAAUGACGAUUCUACAAUUAACUUCUGUGCAUAUCUGAAAAGAGGGAUGUGUGAAUAAAAAAAAAAAGAAUAGACUGUUGGAUUCAAUGAGGAAAGGUAUAAUCUGUUGCAGUAUAAUAACACUCUCUGAUAUGUCCUGGUUUAAGGGAUUGUUUUGCCAAAGUAAGUGUUGGUUAGAUAUUUAAGUGUUCAUGUGAUUGGCUUACCUCAGGUGCUUCUGAAUCACAUAUUAAUUUUUGAAUAUCUACUAUGCAAACGGCUUAUGAAGCAACCAGAGUUGAGUGGUGCCGAGUAUCAGAGGCAAGAUUUGGUUAACAAAUAAACAAGGGGUGUUAUGUCCUGAGAGAUAAAGACACUGAAUUAUGAUUGUGUGUGUGUGUGUGUGUGUGUGUGUGUGUGUGUGUGUGAUUUCCAUUUCUUCAGACCUAUAAGCCAUAUUGUGAAGGGCUGAGAUUCAUGUGGCAUUCCCUAACCCCCACCCCCUUUAAAAAUGCCACUUUCUAGAAUUUCCUUCUUCUUUCCGGUGAACCAGAACAACUUAGCAAUACUUGGACGCUUGUGAAGAUGUCAAUAUUAUUUCCUUUUCCUCUUCGGAGAACUUUUCAAAAUCAGUACACCUUGGUCAUGGGCGCCACACAACGUUGCUCAUUUUGCAAUAAAGCCUGAGUCCUCAUUGACCAUAAACUAUGAGUUUUGCCUGCCCUCUCCUGAUCCAUUACUCUGUCUCCACAUUCAUUCAGUUUAUAAAGUUAUUCGCCAUUAAGUGGCCUUUAGUGAUUCCACAUGCUUACAAUGAGAAGCGAGGAUGAUAGGCUUUUCAUAUUAAAAAAAAAAAAUUUUAAAAAGGCCACAGACAAGCCGAGCUGCAGGGAACGGCUGUGCUAGUCUGUCGCUGUGAAGGUCUCAGGGAUCCAUGUUUUCCUACUUUGACUCUGUGUGUCCAGCCUGGGUUAAGAUGGGAUGGGAUGGUAGACACUGGCACAUACACAAGCAAUCCCAAAGACUCAAACAGGGCAAAGACCCAACGGAAUUGAAAAUAGAGACUAAGACAGGAGGUUUUGAUUUAUUUCCUCUUCUUGCUCCAUACCCUCUCCACCCCUCCUCUAAGUAUUUAAAAUGUCUGAUGUGCCCACAGACUGAGAGCAACAUUGUGACAUACCACAGUCUUAACUAUAUGAAUGAAGGAGGGAGGUGGAAGUUACAUGGAAACAGAUUAAGGUUGACAGUCAGUGUCCCCCAGGUAAGUGUUCCUGGAGCAGAGUGAGUGUCACUGGUUGUAGGGUUUGUGUAAGCAGUAUUCGGUCAAGUGGAGUUUCUAAUGGGGUUUACCUACUUUUCAGGACUUUAUUGUCUUUAAAUUUGCUUGCCUAAUAAGCAAAAAGCCCAGCUAUUAAGUAUAGUUUAUUAUAAAAGUUCUGUGGGCCCUUGAGGUCCAAUAUAUAUGAUAUAAAUACAAAAUUUAAAUUAUCUGUAGGGUAUUAUGACUUUCUGUCUACAUACUUAAUGAGAAUUCUAAUUUGAGUAUAUACUGCAUUGUUUCAUAGUUUGGGAAAUUAUGAGAUUGUAUCCCUCGGCUAUCUCUUAUUUCUGUUUACUUUUUAAUGACUGUGGAAGUUUUGAGAAGUUGGACUUGCUCUCUUUGCUAUAAUAAAUCUGUGGCAUCAUAUGGACAUGUGUGUGUGUGUGUGUGUGUGUGUGUGUGUGUGUGUGUGCGCGCGUGCGUCUCAUUUUGGAAUCUAGCUGCUUUGAUUUGCCCAUGUGAGUGAUUCUAAAUCUGAAUAUUCUCUUAGUCAAAGCACUUGGCAUACUUGCUGUCAUGUGCUUGCUGUCUUCAGAGAGAGUAUUGUGCUGGAUGAGAGUGGUUCAAAAUGCCCACUGGAAUUGCCUGUAUCUUAUCACCCCGCAGAUGGAUGUUCAAACAGCACAGCAUAGGUACAACAGGAGGCCAUGUCCUGCCAUUCACAAAUUCAAAAAACUAUUAUGAAGGCAUUUGAAGGCGAGUAUGUAUUAUGUAAAAUGUGUAAAAUCCAAAAUGGAUAGUAGGUUAGUAGACCAGAUGUCUGCAAAUAACACGGGGCUCAAGAGAUGGCUCAGUGGUUAAGAGACCUUAUCGUUUUGGCAGAGGACCUGGGUUUGGUUCUUACUUGACAACUCACAACUGUCUGUAACUCUAGUUCCAAAGGAUCCAACAUUUACUCCUGGCCUCCACAGGCAUCAGGCACACCCACUGUGCUCACACAAACACACAAACGAACACUUAUAACCUAAAUAAAUAAGAACUUAAAAAAAUAAUUUUGUCAUGUCUAACUGAAAUAACAGUUUCUAGGUACCGAUCACCUACGUUUGUUAAAACAACUGAUGGCUGAAUGCCGGGGAAGUUGGGGAUGGUGACUGAGGCUGGUGCAGUCUGAACCCACUGAUCUUCUCAAUACCGAUCAAAGUGAGAUGCCCAAGUGCUCUUUUCUUUUUUUAACAUGCUAUUGGAUUAUGAAAUCUCUUUGCCCCAGUUUGUGUUUUGAAUUGAAUCUAAAUUUCUAUUUCUUUUUUUGUUUGUUUGUUUGUUUUGUUUUGUUUUUCGGUUUUUCGAGACAGGGUUUCUCUGUAUAGUCCUGGUUGUCUUGGAACUCACUUUGUAGACCAGGCUGGCCUUGAACUCAGAAGUCUGCCUGCCUCUGCCUCCCGAGUGCUGGGAUUAAAGGCGUGCGCCACCACACCUGGCUUAAAUUUCUGUUUCUAAAUCAGUAAUGAUAAUAAUAAUAAUUCUGUUGAUAUAGGAAGAUAUUUAAAGAGACAAAGUAGAUCAAAUCAGCCAUAUACAAGGUAGUAAAUUAUAGGAGUUUCAUCAGACAAGUGGCCCAAUUUAUUCACCAAAAGUGACCUUAAAGGGACAAAAAGUCAAAAAUGGGAGAGGGGGCUAUGAAUUCCAGUGGCAGAGAACAUGCCCAGCAUGGCCUAGCCUCCAUCCCCUGCAUCACCACAAGGAAACUGAAGUAAAGACAUGGAAGAAAGUCUAGUAACUUGAGACCUAAAAUUCAACAAUCCAGUAUUUGGAUAUAAAUUUAAACAAACCAAUUAUAAGAGGAUUUUAAAAUAAUUACACAUGGCAUAAAUAUUAGAUGAUACUAAGAAACUAAUACUGGAUAUUAUCUCUGUACUGCAGCCAGACUUUUGAAAAGUUCUAAUCCAUGAAGAUAUACGUGUAUGCCCGUGUGUGUUGUGUAUAAUUGACAGUUGUCUGGCUGUGACCUUUUAAUAUAAUUCUCCAUGUUGUGGUGACCCCCAAACAUAAAAUUAUUUUUGUUGUACUUCAUAACUGUAAUUUUGCUGCUGUUAUUAAUCUUCAUGUAACUAUCUGAUCUACAGCCCCUGUGAAAGGGGCUGAGACCCACAGAUUGAGAAACAUCUGCUCUAGGUGAACAGUUUAUCCAUAAGAAAACAGUCAAAUGUAAAGAAUGAAGCCUUAAGAUCAAUAAAUAUACACGUGUCUGUGCAUUAGUUGCUAUUGAAAGAAGGCUUGGACUGACAGCAUGGCUCAGCAGGUCAAAGGGCUUGCUGCCAAAUGUGACAGCCUAAGUUCCAUUCCCCAGGACCUCUACAUGGUGGAAAGAGAAAACUGACUCCAGAAAGUUGUCCUCUGACCUCCGCACACACACUCCAUAGUACACAUGUGCAGUCCUCCCAAAUAAAUAAAUAAAUGCAUUUUUAAAGUUUAAAA